AUGACGCUUUGCGACGAGUGCGACAACGAGGGCCCACUGCGUUGCGUUGGAUGCGGCUCAAGCUGGUACUGCUCGAAAGAGUGCCAGAAGAAGGCGUGGUCUCUUCACAAGAUUCUCUGCAAAUCUGUCAAGGAAUUCCAAGAUCGACCCGAAGCCGAAGAACCUGGCGAAAAGUACACUCGCGCGAUCUAUUUCCAUCCCGAUGAAGGGGCGCCACGAUUCGUUUGGCUGAAGACUAUGGACAAGGAUGGAGAGUACGGACACCCUUGCCUCACAGCUUGCCCCGGUGUGCUAGCCGCCAUCAACGAGAAGGAAGCAGAGUCCGGAGAGAACAUUGGUAUGACAAAUAUGAGCAUCCGGCAUAACUACGCGCUCGCCCGUCCUCUCCCAUACAACUUGUUCUUGUCUUACCGUGAGAACUUUCUCCACGAUGGAUCGACACACAACAUGGCCAUCGACAAGAUCAUCGACUCCCAUUCUGCUCACCUGCACGCCUGGCGGGGUCCAAUGAUUGCGUAUGGGACUGAUGCCUUCGAUGACGUCCCUUUCAGUCAAGAUCCGUGCUACAGCCAAGAUCUCGGCCCUUCCGACCUUCGGAUCAUCGCACACAAGCUCAACACAUACUACUUCAAGUACGAUGUUGGUCCGACGAUCGAUGAUGUGCAACAAGAGUUGAGUAGCGUAGUCGGUGUACGAAUCAACUGCGAUGGUGAUGUCGAAGUUGAAGGCCGUCCUCGCUAUGAGCCUAUGGAACUUCCAGCCUAUCGUUCGUUCUUUCAUGCAGCCACCGAUGUUUCAAAGCACAUCGAACUACCCUUCACUGUCCAGCGCAUUCCAGGAAGUGUCGCCAAAUAGAAAAAGCGACCGGAGACCCCGUCAGGUAAGACGUCUUGGGUCAAUGUCGCGUGUACCUUUC